AUGUCCAAUAUUAAGAAGACUAUAAAUCCGCAUCCAACUCAUGUAACUCAUAUCAAUAAGGCUGAUCCUGGGAUACCUCCACCGCGAUACCAACCACCACCUAGACCUCCUGGAAUAUUAAAACCGUAUACAUCUCAACCUUUUCCUACUUAUUCAGGAUCUGUGACGGAGAAUGAUAAGUUUGCUUCUGCCAAACUAAAAACUAAUCAUGACAUUUACCCACAUACUGAAGGUAAUUUAGAAUCAAAGCCAGCUUACAUAAAUCCCCCACAAUAUCCAGCACCACCUCCCGUUAAAACUAAUUCUAAACCUUUAACUCCUACUAAUAUUAAUCAGAUUCCGCCAAAAGUUGAAGAAGUUCAUUCAAUAAGAGGUCAUCCUGAAAUGCUGAAAUUUGUUAGAGUUAAACAACAAGAUACAGAAGCGGCAGUUAAUGCUGUUCCUACUUACCCACCAGAUCAAAAUCAUCAUUCGAAUAAAGUCGAUCAAAGUAACAAAAGAAUACAAAAUUAUGUAAAUGAAAUAAGGGCACUGAAAGAAGCAAAUCAAAGGCUUAGUGACGACAAUCAAGAAUUAAGAGAUUUAUGUUGCUUUCUUGAUGAUGACAGGCAAAAGGGAAGAAAAUUGGCUAGGGAGUGGCAAAGAUUUGGAAAAUAUACAGCGAGUGUUAUGAGACAAGAAGUAUCUGCAUACCAAAACAAAUUGAGACAAUUGGAAAACAAACAACAAGAAUUAAUUAAAGACAAUUUAGAGUUGAAAGAAUUGUGUUUGUACUUAGACGAAGAAAGAAAUGCUACAACUUCUUGCAAUCAUGGUUUGACAGGAAGGCCCAGUCAUAGAGAUGAUGGUGAUGGUUCUAGUUCUAGUACAAAUGCAGAUGAACCAGUUACUUCCCCCAUAUACCCCACUGGUAAUGCACAAAGAAGGUCAGAAAGUACAGAAAGGUUACUCGAAGAAAGUAUUCAAAGGCAGAGAAAUAUUUUUAACGAACAAAUCAUUCAAUAUGUGAGGCAUUUGGAACAAAGAGUGAAAAUGUUGGAAAAGGAAAGGCAAGUUUUAAUACAAAAUUUACUUCAAAGUGGAUUUCGAGAAGAAGAUCUUAAAGCCAGAGGAAUUUGGGGACCACCAGAAGAAGACGUUUUAAGCAGGCCGGAAGCAGUUGUGAGAGCUUUACAAGUACUCGAAGUGAGAGAACUUAUAGAAAGAACCGGACAUACAAAUUCUGCAUCUGGAAUAUUGACAAAUGAUAUGCUAUCCGACAUUGACGAAGGUGAAAAAGCAUUAGUUAUGGAAAUGUGCAAUGUGGUUUGGAGAAAAUUAGAAGAGGGUCCUGCUGCAGCUAGGUGA